GACCUCCUCUCUUCACUUUUACACACACAAACACAAUUCUCUUCAACAUCCUUGCUUAUUUCAUCAUUUCUACUCUCUUCUCUUGAGAUUUCUUCAUCAUGGGCAAAGAUAAGAACAGGGCAGGAGCUUCCGGCAAAUCCAAGGCCAAAUCCCGGGCGCCUACGACAUCCACCGAGGAACGCCUCUACUAUGGUGACGGGUCAUACCUUUGGUUUGAUUCCGAGGAGGAACGCACCCGUUUCCUCACUUUCUUCUCUAAACGGGUUGUGGCUCCUCCACGGAUCAUCCCAGAGCGCUACCCGGAGCUGCAGGGCUACAACGACCUCGACGCGCAGCUUCAUCAGGCUGGCCUUUUGCCCUUCGUCUCCCGGGCUCAGAAGGAGAUCAACCCGGCGGUUAUUCGGGUCUUCUACUCCAACCUCCGGCGUGAGGGCGACGUGCUCUAUUCUCUUGUCAAGAGCACGCCAAUAGAACUUUCAAUUGAGCAGCUUGGGCGCAUCGCCGGCCUCCCCUACCAAGGCGACGACGUCUCCCUCUAUGGCGGAGAGGACUGGGUGCUCAACAACGAGGGCCUUAUCCUCAACGAGCUUGGGAUAACCGAGCUCAUCCGCCAUGCCUCGGGCCGCCCAACCAUCCACUCCGCUAACCCCGAAGGCUGUCUUCUUCUCUACAUCGUCUCCCGAAUCAUCAAACCCAGGAAGCACGGCCACACCAUCAUGUCCGGUGAAGACCUCAAGCUCAUCCAUGCGAUCAUGCACUCGGCCCCAAUCAAUUGGGCAAAGUUUGUCAUGAUCAACAUGACGAUUGCCGCAUCCACCGACCACGAUCACCUCCUCCCGUACCCUUGGAGUUGUGCCCUGAUGGCCAACUGUUCAUCGUUAUCCUAUCAUGUAUAGGCAGAUAUAAUAUGUUUACACAUCUCAUGCUAAUGUAAACAAAUAUUAUAUUCCUAGAUUUAUAUUUAAAGAUGUUUAUCAGAUACUGUUUCUCUGCUGAUGAGACUAACAUCUUGAAAUAAAUAUUUAUCUAAAUG